AUGGCGAUCCCCACCCGUUAUGAUCCUCAGCUUCGAAAUGACGUUCGUGCAUCACAGGUAGUCAGGGGCCCCAAGGUUCCUGUUGUACGCAUAUUCGGCUCUACAGAAACCGGACAAAAGGUCUGCGCUCAUGUUCAUGGCGCAUUUCCUUAUUUAUACGUGGAAUACAAUGGCGACUUGGCGCCUGAUGAGGUUGGAGCCUAUAUCUACCGACUGCAUCUCUCCAUUGAUCAUGCCCUGGCUGUAAGCUAUAGGCGAGAUCAGUAUGGGGAAAAUGCCAAGUUUGUCGCACGGAUCACCCUGGUCAAGGGCAUCCCGUUCUACGGCUUUCAUGUCGGCUACCGGUUUUUUCUCAAGAUAUACAUGUUCAACCCAAUCGUGAUGACCAGGUUAGCGGAUUUACUACAGCAGGGGGUAAUUAUGAAGCGCAAAUUUCAACCGUACGAAGCUCACUUGCAGUACCUACUUCAGUUCAUGGUUGAUUACAAUUUGUAUGGAUGUGAUUACCUGGAGUCGUCCAAGACCGCAUUUCGGUCUCCUGUCCCUGCUUAUGACGCUGGAUCCAACUCUUCACACCUGUGGCAUAGUCAAUCAGUCCUUCCUCAACAUAUCACAGAUGAUCCUUCCUUGCCACGAGUUAGCCAUUGCUCCAUCGAAGUAGAUAUUUGUGUGCAACACAUCGCCAAUCGCCAGGCAGUGAAGGAGCGACAACUACAUCAUGACUUCAUCGAGCGAAAAUUUCCCAUACCAGCAAAUCAAAAGCUUGUGUUCAGCUUGGCAGGAUUAUGGAGAGAUGAGACCAAACGGCGACAACGUCAAAUGCUGCAUGGCAAGCAAGGACUCAGCCCCUUCCCCCCUGAUGUUUUGGUCAGUAUGUCUGCCGAUGCUAGACAGUCUCAACCACAGGGCUGGAUCCAUGAGGAGGAGUACGUGGAACAAAUCACCGAGCUGGUCAACGCAGAACUUGCUAGACUCGACGACCAGCAUCCCAAGUUCGAAGAUUUUGUGGAACGAGCGGACCCAGACGAGGAGGUGCAUACAGCUCUGCAGUCUGUUGAAGAUUUAUUUCCAAACAAUCUUAUUCCUGCGCUCGGCCUUUCGUCAAGCAUGACGCAAUUAACGGGGGAGCCACCUGCAAGUAGCAUUGAAGUGGACGAGAAGAAAAUCCUCCAAGAACUCAACCCUGGAGAUGAGUUUUUCCCGGAUGAUUCCGACGAAGAGAGGCUUAGAGAAUUUACUCGGGCAGAACACAGUGCUGAGAAUGACAUUGGACAAGAUGCUGCCGCUGCUGUGACAGAAAUUAUCUCGGCCAAUAGCGGGAGCCUGUCGACGGCAAUUAAGCCACUGCAGCCAUCAUCACAUCUCAUGCCCGGCUUAUGUCUCAGUGUACUUUCAACCGGAUCACUUCCCGCCGUCCCCGUUUCACAAGAGCUCCUCGACGCUGCCGAAGAUGAAGGACUAGUUGGAAGAGUUCCACGAUCUAAGGCUUUGCGACAUCAAAAACUGAUGGCCCGCAAACGUCAGGGGCCAGUGGCGUCGUCCACAAGUAGCCCACAGAAGCGACUGAAAUCCUACAAUGCCACACCAGCAGCUGAAUACUCGUCUUCCCCUAAGCUGAGCGGCUUUAGAUCCGUAAACCAACGCCACUCUACUUUUUCGUCUCCUAGAGAUAGAUCUAGCCCAUCCAGCAGCGAUCCACUCGCUGCCUCAGACCGAGCGCUGAAUUACGCCAUUACCAAAGAACAGAGUGGUGAAAGUCCAAAAGCGCGGUUCAGCCAGCGAAGCCAGAUAUCACCUGUUAAGCGGAGUGAUGGCAGCAAACUGACCAAAACCAUGUCUUGUCGUCAGAGUGUGGACGAUCUGCUAGGGAAAGCAGGCAACUCCCAGUUUGACGUGCUUACGCCUAACUUUUCGUCCAGGCUUUCUGAGCACGACGAUGAAACGACAAAGAUUCAACGGGCCGUUGCGAAGGUAGUUGACAACAGGUUCAUGAUAUACUCACACAUGCCACCAACUGCUAGCCAAUGUUCAGCUGUGAAAGAUCCUCAGCUGCCUGAUGUUAUCUAUCAAGAUGCAUUCUACAGUAGAGAGUCUGAUGUUCCAGAGCGCAAUCGUGAGUAUGCCGGUCGAGAAUAUCGGUUGGAGAGCAAUACUCUACCAUUUCUUCCCGUUUUUGACGCCAAUGGCGCCUCUCCUGCCAGCUAUGGGAUCAAAACAGACAGUUAUCAAGUACAACAAGCUCUUGAACAAGAACAGGCACUACAGCGUCGCCACUGCACUUGGCAAAGCUGGGAGUACGCUCAAUUGCCCCCGUCUCACCAGGAAGUAGUACAUUGGCUAGAUAUGCGGAAGCGGCAGAAGGAGGCUGGCAGGAAAGCACCUCGGCAUGUAUUUCCCUCAUCAAGGGCUUGGUUGUCUCAGAUCGAUGGCCCAACACAGAAAAACAAGCAUGGAUUCAAGUAUACACAAAAGGGCAAGUCAACAAGUGUGGAACACGAGGUUCAAUACAUGAGCACUAUGAGUCUGGAAAUCCACGUCAAUACUCGAGGGAAAUAUGUUCCAAAUCCUGAAGAGGACGAGGUUCAAUGCAUAUUUUGGGUAUGCAAGUCUGAUGAAGCGAUUGGAAUUAGCCAAAAUACCUCAGGUACUAUCCACACAGGGAUAGUGGUGUUGUCGCAAGACGGAAAGGAGACCCAGGCCAUGCCGAAAUCAACAGGGUCAGACAUCAUUGAAGAGAGCUCUGAACUGGACUUGAUUGUCCGUAUGGUUGAGAUUGUAAGAACAUUUGAUCCCGAUAUCUUAACUGGAUACGAGGUUCAUGGUAGCUCAUGGGGUUAUUUGAUCGAACGCGCCCGGUGCAAAUACGACUAUAAUUUGUGUGACGAGUUUUCCAGGAUGAAAAGCGAUUCUCAUGGACGAUUUGGCAAGCAAAGCGACCGAUGGGGCUUCAACACAACAUCAACGAUUCGCGUUACCGGCCGGCACAUGAUCAACAUUUGGAGGGCCAUGCGUGGCGAACUGAAUCUUCUCCAAUACACCCUCGAGAAUGUGGCCUGGCACCUCCUACAUCGUCGUGUGCCUCAUUAUUCUUGGAGGACAUUGACAUCCUGGUAUAAGAGCGGCAAGUCUAGUGAUCUCGGCAAAGUCGUCAGAUAUUACCAGACGCGAACAUUGAUGGAUAUCCAAAUCCUGGAAACCAACGAGCUGAUUCCCAGGACGAGUGAACAGGCUCGACUGCUUGGGGUAGACUUCUUCUCUGUGUUUUCACGGGGCUCACAAUUCAAAGUCGAGUCCAUCAUGUUUCGAAUUGCGAAACCCGAAAACUUCAUCCUCGUCUCUCCGAGUCGAAAGCAAGUCGGCAGUCAGAACGCAUUGGAAUGCCUACCCCUGGUUAUGGAACCGCAAAGCGCCUUUUACAACAGCCCGCUUUUAGUCCUAGACUUCCAGAGCUUGUACCCAAGUGUCAUGAUUGCCUACAAUUACUGCUAUUCGACCUUUUUGGGACGAAUUACCAACUGGCGCGGCGUAAACAAGAUGGGGUUUGCGGAAUACAAACGUCAGGAAGGCCUUCUCGCCCUGUUAAAAGACCACGUCAACAUUGCACCAAAUGGCAUGAUGUAUGUCAAGCCUGAGAUUCGAAAGUCUCUUCUCGCCAAGAUGUUGACAGAGAUAUUAGAAACAAGGGUCAUGGUCAAGAGCGGCAUGAAGAGUGACAAGGACGACAAGGUGCUACAACAGCUGUUGAAUAACCGUCAGCUGGCACUGAAACUGUUGGCCAAUGUCACUUACGGAUACACAUCUGCCUCUUUCUCAGGACGCAUGCCCUGUUCCGAAAUAGCAGACAGCAUCGUCCAAACGGGUCGAGAGACGCUUGAGCGUGCCACAGCAUACAUCCACUCGGUAGAGCGAUGGGGGGCGGAAGUCGUCUACGGCGACACAGAUAGUUUGUUCGUUUACUUGAAGGGCAGGACGAGAGACCAAGCCUUUGAUGUCGGCAACGAAAUUGCAAAGGCAAUAACGGACAUAAACCCGCAACCCGUCAAGUUGAAGUUUGAAAAGGUCUACCACCCCUGUGUACUGCUAGCUAAGAAACGCUACGUCGGAUACAAGUAUGAAAGCAAAGACCAAGUCACGCCCGAGUUCGACGCCAAGGGCAUCGAGACUGUUCGCCGAGACGGCACCCCGGCCGAGCAAAAGAUUGAGGAAAAGGCUCUUAAACUGCUUUUUGAAACUGCCGAUCUGAGCCAAAUCAAGGAGUACUUCCAGAAGCAAUGUGACAAGAUUUUGCGGGGGGCAGUGUCUGUACAAGACUUCUGCUUUGCAAGGGAAGUCCGCCUGGGGACAUAUUCCGACAAGGGGCCACCGCCGGCCGGCGCUCUCAUCAGCACCAAGAAAAUGCUCGAGGAUGCCAGAGCGGAACCUCAAUACGGCGAGAGGGUACCGUACGUGGUUAUCACAGGAGCCCCCGGGGCACGUCUAAUCGACCGGAGCGUGGCCCCGGAAGAUCUACUGGCCAAUCCUCACUGGCAGCUCGACGCAGAAUACUACAUCUCCAAGAACCUCAUCCCCCCGCUGGAGCGCAUCUUCAACCUCGUCGGCGCCAAUGUAAGGCAGUGGUACGACGAGAUGCCCAAGGUCCAGCGCAUACGCAGGGCGCCAAACGAGCCGGGAGCCAAGAAAAUGACCCUCGAGUCGUACAUGCGCUCGACGCACUGUCUCGUCUGUAGCGCCAAAUUCGCCCAGGAGGGCCAAGCCCUCUGUCCUGCAUGCCGAGACAAUGCGCCCGCUUCGCUGUUCAUGCUUCAGACGAGGUUGGCCACCGAGGAACGCGGCUACCAGGACGUACUGAGCGUUUGUCGAACAUGCUCCGGACUGAGUCCUCUUGAGGACGUUCGCUGCGAUAGUAAAGACUGCCCUGUGUUUUGGACCAGGAUGAAGCAGAGGACAAAAGUGGCGGGAAUGAGGGCAACCGUUGGACCGGUUAUACGGGCUCUGGCUGAAGGUGAAAUGGAAAGGUCGGCGUUGGAAUGGUGA